AGAAAAAAGAGAAGCAAAGGAACGUGAGGAAAGAGAAAAGCAAAGACAAUACGAGCGAGAAAAGAGACAAAAAGAACGUGAGGAACGAGAAAAACGAGAAGUAAGAGAACGUGAGGAACGAGAAAAGCAAAGACAAUAUGAGCGAGAAGAGAGACAAAAAAAAAGAGAAGAGAGACAAAAAGACC